UAUGCUUCGUGUGUUUGUAGUGUUCCUAAAUCUAGAUAUGUUGUUUACAUAUGUGCUGAUUUCUAUGACUAAAUAGAUUAGCAGCUCUGUCAAUGGUUCUAAAUACUUGCAGCUAGGAAAUACCAGUCCCCAUACUGGAUGGCCUGUCUAUUUUAUGUCAGUUGAAAGAAUUAUUGCCAAUUCUGUCAAACAUAUCUAUUAAAAUAGUGCUUCUCUUCAUAUAGUAGAAAUAAUUAUAUGAGAAGCUAAUGCAACUACUAAAGGUAACAGAGAGGAGAAGAGAAAAGCUUUGCUAUGGGAUGGCAUCUUUUUGUUAGGCACAUGAAUUCUUAUUUUGAACAAGUUUAAAAUUUGACAUGGCGCCGGUUUGUAGGUGCUUUUUCCUAUAUAUAUUGAUCAGAUGCUUUCUACACGCUCUUGCUCUUCAUAGAUAAUUUAUUUGUUAGGCCUAUCACUUUAUGAGUUUCUAAUAACAACCUAGGUCUUGCAGAAUGCAACUACAUGAAUUUUAGGCCUAUGCUCACUCGCCAAUUGUUGUAGGUGUUCUCUCAUUGUCGCACUACUGGCCACCUCUCCUCUCCAUAGCGCUCAAUUCCGUGACAGGAGCCUGUUUUGUGUGCCGCACGGCUAUCCCAAAGGUGUAGCUGUCGUUGUACAGAGUUGUACUUCCUUGCCGAAAACCUCUACAAUUCUGUAGUGUCAGCUAUGACCUGGAUAGAGGUGUUUAGACUCCCUAAGAUGGCACAUGUCACUGAGGAGACGUGAUCUCCGAGCAGCCCUUCUCAUAGCUCGCAGUCCAGGUCGAUGCCAAAUUCAACUUCGAGGAGGCUUUUUGUGCUGUGGCUGCAGCAUUAAGCAUUUGAAUGGAGCACAUAUAGGCAUGCCCCGGUUCAUUUUAGAGUCACUUGGUUGUUUGAUGCGUUUGUGCUCGUCGGCGGGACGGUGCAAGGCGCAACUCCGACGCGGUUCCUCGCCAGUUGGACGGCAUUCAGGCGCAACCCCGGCGCGCACCGAGUACUUCCUUGGCUAUAACCUCCCUCGAAAUUUAGUUCAUAUGAAAGAAAAGAAAGGCAUACAGUACCUGGCAUUGACAUUGGGAGCAUGGGCUACUGCUCGCACCUCUACCUACAGGUUACAGGUUCCUUCCUUUCUCUAUAUGGUGGCCUGCGAAGGAAGAUUUUUGUUAACUCAUUCAGGUACUUUAAUUUUAAGUGCAUGCUUACAGAGUUCUAUCAUGCACAAUCAUGUAUGCACACCGGUCUAUCCAGAAGAUUAGGUCGCGGCCCUCUCUGCCCGGGCCGCCAGCUUCCCGGAGGGCCGCAUCCGGCCUGCCGCAAGUACACCUAAGCUGCCGCCUCCCCGGGGGCUGCAAUUGGAAGUGGAUGACCAAGGAGAAGGUGCACGGUGGGGGCCAGGCGCUUAAGUGGGAGGCGGAGCUCGCCUCCCCCAACGACGACGGCUUCGAUCUCAAGUGAAAGUGGGAUGCCAAGUCCAAGCCCGUCGCUGCCGGCAAGACUAAAACCAAGUGGGGCACCGAGGAAGCCAGCAAGGAUGAGAAGAGGCCGACAGUGCGUCCAGAGCAAGGAGAUCCCUGCUGGCUGAGACGUCCAGAUCGAAGUACUUAGCAGAAAAGAUGAGAUUUUUGUGGGGGUUUGGCCCCGAUUUGAAUGAAAUGUAGGAUUUUCAGUACUCCAGUAGCAUACUCCAGUACUUCUUUUAACUAUAUCUGAUUAUAGAUAUUUUAUAUAGUAUCAUAUACUGUUAAGAAACAAUUUUGCUUUUUUGCUUCA